AUGAAAUAAGCUAUUUUAGACUUUAUCAAUUAAGGUAUACUUAUAACUAAGCCAAUCGAUGCAUUCUAUACUCAACAAUUUGAAACCUUUACGAAUGAAUGCUACAAUUGUCUGGUUGCCUUUUACAACAAUUCAUAAAGCAAUGAUAAACUUAAGAAUGCUUAUAUAGCUCUUAUGAAAGUUGUACAAAUUUCUAAGGUUGAAAACCUAAAUCCAUUAAUAUUUUGUGCUGCAUAUAUUGCCCAAAAAAAUUAUUGUAACUAGCCACAACUUCAUGAAUUAAAUACAAAGAAAAUUGAAAGGAUUCAUUUAGAUUGCUUCCACAUUAUCACCUUCACCCUCAACGGAGUAAUCGUAUCUGAUCAGUAUAUUGAAACUACCCUUAACAAAUAUUUCAUAGAUAAAUUCUUGGAUUGCACAAAGAAAACAGCUCCGGCACCACAAUAUAUUAAACCCACUAAAUUCUUUGGUCAUCCUAUUAAAUUCACUAAAUUAGAAAGUGAUGAAGGAUCAGAAUUUGCUUAGAUUCUUUUAGGGAUAUUUAAAGCUCCAAAUAAGCACAAGAAAUUUCCAAUUGUUGAAGAAAACUCAUAAUAUUAAGUUAGCCAAUAAUUUAAAUCACCCCCUUUAAGAAGGAUGAAAAUUGAUAUUAAUUCAAUUUCGCCUUCCCUUGCAACUGUCUUGCACAGAACUAGUUUAGAAUUCGAAAAACCUAAAAUCAUAAAACAUCCUCUCAUGAAAUCUUAAUUAGGCGAUAUUGAUUUUAUGUAAAGACUCAAAGAUCUUGAAACAGAAGGUUAAAACAAAUUAGAAACCAAAAUCUAAAAAUCGCAUAGAAAGAACAUAGUUGAAUAGCAUAAUCUCACAUACCCUCCAAAAGAAUACUUUUAGAAGAAUGUCAAAGUUGAUGCAUUAUUUAAGAAUUUUCUAGAGCUCAAAUAUGUCUUGGAUCAGCGGAAGGAAGCCAUGAGUUCCAUCAAGGACAUCAAUGAUUAUUAAUCUAGAAUGCCCUUUGUUCCCACUUAUACACCUUAUUUACAACUUGAAAAUCCUUAAGCUAAAAUCUAGCAAUUCAAUCAAAAAAGCAAUUUCGAAAUGUUGGCAUCCCCUCGUGAAUUGGACAAAGCUAAUAUCAGUAAGUUUGAUACCCAAAUCUAAACUACGAAAUUAACUCUUAACAAAUUAGCACACCCUGCAUAAGCAAACAAUAAACUAUCAUCCUUAUCGAGACAUUCCACAUAAUAUUCAUUCUUUCAAUAUGUGAACAAACAAUAGGAAUACAAGCGGCAAUUUGAUAGGUUCCUCUCUGAUGAAUCAUCUGCUGAUAGAAAUAUUAACCAAAUUAAUAGUCAAAUCUUGAAAAAAAACAGUAUAAUAAAGAAAAGUCAAUAAAAAUGA